UGAUCCAUCAUGGCGGCGGCGGCGGAGUUUCGCUCUCCAGUGCUUCAACAGUCAUGUUAAUGUAAAAUAUAACCAUAAUAUAAAUCUAAAGACGCUUUUAAAGCGUGUUCAGGCUUGUUAUUUUCGACUGGAUAUUCUGUUAUUUAUUUACGCGAGUGCCGUCGCGAGUCUUCAUGGAUGUAAGGUUACAGCAGCGCAGCCUUAACGUUAUUUAUUUCUCUCAUUCAGAUCAGUAUUUGUCAUCAGUUUGACGCUUCUGAGGUGAAAAUGAGCUGCAGGUAGUUUUGAUGAGCGGUGUUCCUCAGGGCUCUGUCAGCGGCCCGUCCGCAUUCAGCAUGGCCUCCAAAGCCUCAGCUCUGGAUAAUCUCUCCAUAUCAUCCCUGAUAUCUGGAGAUCUGGAGGAGGAUGGAGAGCCGCUGGACGAUGAUCUGGCCGAUCUGGAGGUCAAUCCGUACGACGGGCUGCCGUUCUCGUCCCGAUACUACAGCCUGCUGGAGCAGAGAAAGCAGCUGCCGGUGUGGAGUCUGAAGCUCAGUCUGCUGGAGCUCAUGGAGAAGCACAGCAUGAUCAUCCUGAGCGCAGACGGAGGAACGGGGAAGAGCACGCAGGUUCCGCAGUGGUGUGUGGAGUACGCUCAGUCUCAUGAGUUCUCUCAGGGUGUGGUGUGUGUUACUCAGCCGUACGCUGCCGCCGCCUGUAGUCUGGCUCUCCGCGCGGCUGAUGAAAUGGACCUGAGUCUGGGGUUAGAGGUCGGCUACAGGGUCCCACAUGAGGACGGAUGCACCCCAGACACCAUACUGCGGUUUGUGACGGACGCUCUGCUGCUGCAGGAAAUGAUGUCAGAUCCUCUGUUGCGUCAGUACGGUGUGCUGGUCAUCGAUGAGGCUCAGGAGCGAACCGUAGCCACAGACGUUCUUUUGGGUUUACUGCGCGAUGUUUGCCGUCAGAGGGCCGACCUCAGGGUGCUGGUGCUCACCGCGCCCGCCGCAGCGACGAGCUUCUCCAGCUUCCUCGGAGAGACGGUUCCUCAUCUUCAACUGCCCUGCGCCCCUCAGACCCACACAGAGGUGCUGUACCGGGAGCCGACGGCGGGACGAGACCUGCUGACCACUGCCAUACACACCAUCCUGGACCUGCACCGCCGUGGAGAGCACGGAGACAUGCUGGUGUUCCUGCCUGGACCACAGGAGAUCAGCGAGUGUGUGUCUGCGCUGGAGAAGGAGUGUGUGUCUCUGAGCGCGCAGCUGUCGUGUCUGCGUGUGGUGUGUGUGCAUGCGGGCGCGGGCGGCUCGUCUGCGCAGCUCUACGAAACCGAGGCUCCGGAUGGAGGAGAGCUGGAGCCGGCUGAGGACCCGCGCCGCAGAGUCGUCCUCACUGAUGCCUGCGCAGAAGCGUCAUUCUCCAUCAACAACAUCCGAUACGUCAUCGACUGCGGCGUCCAGAUCAAGACUAUCUACAACCCACAAAUCAGAGCUGAUGCUCAGCUCCAGCAGCCAAUCAGCAGACAGCAGGCCGACACACGAGCCCGCAGGGUCAACAGCACAGCGCCCGGAGUGUGUUUCCGGCUGUACUCUCAGCAGGUGUAUGAUCAGCAGAUGCCGGAGAGCCGCUGUCCUGCAGUGACCGAAGCAAACCUCAGUCAUCUGGUGCUGCUGCUGAAGCGGCUGGACAUCGCAGACAUGGGCCAGUGCAGGUUCCUGGACCGCCCCGCCCCGGAGGCGCUGAUGCAGGCUCUGGAGGAUCUGGAUUAUCUGGCAGCUCUGGAUGAUGAUGGGAACCUGUCGGAGGUGGGCAUCAUCAUGUCAGAGCUCCCUCUGGAGCCGCCGCUGGCCAAAGCUCUGAUCGCCUCCUGCGAGUUCGACUGCGUCAGCGAGCUGCUGACUAUCGCCGCCAUGCUGACCGCUCCGCCAUGCUUCGUGACUCCUCCAGCUGAUAAAGUAGAAGCAGCGGCGACACACAGACGGACCAUGCUGCACCCGGACGGAGAUCACAUGACCCUCAUCAACAUCUACAAUGCCUAUCUGCAGCAUAAUGAAGACGAGGCCUGGUGCAGGACCAACUUCCUGAGCUCAUCUGCGCUGCGAUUGGCUGUGGUGAUCAGGGCGGAGCUACUGGAGGUGAUGCAGCGAAUCGAGUUGCCGGUAUCUCCUCCCGCCUUUGGUUGCCAGGACAACAGCACUAAUAUAAAGAGAGCACUGAUUUCAGGCUUCUUCCUCAAGGUGGCUCAUGAUGUGGACGGCUCGGGGAACUAUCUCCUGCUCACACACCGUCACGUGUCUCAGCUGCACCCGUUCUCCUCGUACCGCUGCCGGCGGCCGCAGCUCAGUCCACCCAGCUGGGUGCUGUACCACGACUUCACCGUCUCCCACGACAACUGCAUCUGCAUCGUCUCCGAGAUACACCCGCAGAUGUUGGUGGAGCUGGCACCUCAGUAUUUCCUGGGGAAUCUACCGGCCAGUGAAGGCCGAGAUCUGCUGAUGAGCCUCAGACUGAGCCUGUGUGCUGCAGAAGAGCACAACAACACACAACACACACACACACAUGAAGAAGCGGGAGAUCCAGAGUCCUGCAGCGUACAGUGAACACACACACACACACACACACAGAUAUGAAGAAGCAGGAGAUGCAGAGUUCUGCAGCGUUCAGUGAAGAUACACACACACACACACAUACAUAUACACACAUUCUUUCUCUCACACACGCAUACACUUGCACAUGCACACAAUCAAUCACACACAGUAAUCAAUCACACACAGUACAUAUUCUUACACACACACACACACACAUAUAUAUAUAUAUAUAUAUAUACACACACUCUCUUUCUCACACACUUACACACGAAUACACACAUACUAGCACACAAACUCACACAUGCACUUGUGCACACACUCAUACUCACACACACACAUUCUCACACCCGUGCAUGCUCACAUACGCACUCAAACACACACACACGCAUACAUACUCUCUCACACGCUCACAUACAUAAUCUCUCACGCACACACAUACUCUAACACACACACAAAUACUCUCUUACAAACACACACUCUCACACACACCUCCUGAACUGCUGCACACACACACACACACACACACACACACCUUGAGAACUGCACUCUCACUGGAGACUUCCUCAGACUCUGGCUUGUUCUGCACUACACUGACUGUGUUCCUCUGUGUGUUUAACGGUGAGUAGAGCUCCUCCUCCUGGAGCAGAAAGGGAUCAGCACACUCUCACUGUGUGGAUGCAGGAAUCACUGCUGUCGUCACGUUAGUCCUCACACAACAUGAUUUAAUCUCACAAUUCUGAGCUCAUGCUUUUAUUUCAACACUGUUUACCAACUCUUGUGCGCUGUUGGGUUGUUUUCAUCAGCUCUUGGGUGGUUUUGAGGCCUCAUCUUUCUCUGGGUUUCAGCAAAUGUGAUGAUUUGUGCUGAUAAAUCUUAUUCUGACACAUAUUUAGGGGAAAUGCUUUGACAAUUUCCAAAUACUCAACACACUCUGUUCAGAUUGACUCUCCUUUGGUGAUGUUGGGGCUGCUUUUCCCCCAUUGACCUCCAUUAUAAUCACAUUUACUGAUUAUAAAGCCACGACAGCAGAUAAUCAUGAGUGUUUUAAAGAAAGGUUUAUUAGUGCUGAUAUCCUGCAGUGGUUUUCUCACUGUUUAUGGACUCUAUACACACACACACACACACACACACGCACACACACACACACACACGUUGGUUUUGGUGAUUUACAAGGAAUCUCAGUAGGUGUAAUGUAUUUAAUACAGUAAAACCUGCUUAUUAGGUUACUAGGUUGAUUAGGCAAGUCAUUGUACACUGUGGUUUGUUCUGUAAAUAUUAUGUUGCAAAGAAUAUGUUAUAAUAUUACAAUCAGGGCAUCACGGUGGUGCAGUGGGUAGCACUGCGUAGAUUUGUCUAGCAAUAAACAGACUGAAUGACGGGCUCUAAAAUCUCUGGAAGUCUGUGUGCUCAGAUUUUUGUGUGGGGCCUAUCAAGACAUACUAAUUUGUGUCCUCAUAAAGCACCAAAACCACCACACACACACACACACACACACACACACUCCUCCUUCACACUUCUCAUCUCAUGUUCUUGUAAACAGUUUCAUCUCAUCUUCUUGUUCUCAGCUGAUUCUUCAAGUUAGUUGUGUUCUCGUUCACAUUAGCUGGGUUUCCAUCAUGCUAAUGCACAUUUUUUAAGUAGCGCACAAAAACCAAUCUCACAUUGGUUUUGGACUUAAUUAAGGGUUAAUGUGAGUAAAUGGAGAUGGAAAUGUGCUGAGGGAUCUCUAAUGUUACCCCCAUGUGACUCCAUUAUGCUUGCCUUGUUUACUGUUUGUUGCUAGGUUACCAAUACCACAGUGAGCUGCUCUAAUGGGUAAAGUCUAGAAGGGAUACAUCUGUAGUCGAUAAUUAUUUGUAUUAUUACAUCAAUACAAUUACCGUACAACAAUAUUUACUGUGUUUUUACAUUACUGUGAGGGUUGGGGUAGUGGUAGGUGUUAAUAAAAUACAAUUUAAAGUGUAAUUUAGUUCUUGGUAUAAUUGCUGUUUUGACAUUACUGUUAGGGUUUGGUUUAUGAUUGGGGUAGACAUUAAUAAAAUACAAUUUAUUGUGUAACUUAAUAAAUAAUAUGAAUAAUUCUUGAUAUAAUUACUGUUUUUACAUUACUGUGAUGGUUGGAGUGGGAGUAGAUGUUAAUAAAAUACAAUUUAACUGGCAAUUUAAUAAGUAAUUCUCAUUCAUUUCUAGCUGCAGCUGUAUCCCUUUUAGAAACAAGCGCUCUCAUGCAAUAUAAAGUUAAUAUAAAUGCACAAAUAGAGGCUAAUCGAUGAUGUGAGGUGCAAAUGACAUGAAAAGCAUGAUGUGAUUGCAUUAAUUCAGCAUGUUUGCAGAAAAAUACUGUACUGUGUGGCGUAAUUAGCCUCUGUUUGUGUGUUUGCAUUGACUUUAAAUGUAAUUAACUCACAAGAAUACUUAAUUCCACGUUUGUUGUGAACCCACCAUAACAAACAUGAUGGAAACAGCUCAUUUGCAUUUGGGGUUUUCUCAUUUUUUUGCGAAUUUCUGAAAAGAUUCGCUUCACGUUAACAUUGAGACCCGGCUAAUGAUUCUCUGCAGUCUUUCCUCUCCUGUAUAUGAUCACUAGUGUCAUUAUGAUCACCAUAGACUCAUGACAUUAGGAUUCACUCUGGAUCUGGUUUUCUGACUCGUGUUCACACUUGAAAGCUUUUCAUUUACUCGAAAAGCUCAUGUAAAGGGCUAAUUUAAUGAUCUUAAAGGGACAGUUCACCUAAACAUGUACAUUUCUUCAUCAUUCACUCACACUCAAGUGCUUAUAAACUCAAAAACAAGAUGUUCUGAAGAAUGCUGGAAAACGUCAUUGACAUCCAUAGUAGAAAUCAAAACAAAUAACAUGCUAUGGGAGUCAGUGGAUGGAUAAUUAAUAUCUUUAUUAGUGUUCAACAGAAUAAACUAGAACAAGUGUAGGAUGAAGAAGUGAUGACAGAGUUUUGUGUGAACUGUCUCUUUAAAGGUGCACAGCGGUUUUAUCAUCUGACUCUUUAAAUAUUCAAGCGCUGUAACGCAGGAUCAAUUCUGAUUGGCUCUCAGUGUUUGAAUUAUUCAUCAGCCGAACAAGUAAUCAGUUUAAAAGUAGUUUUCACUGCUGUUCAUUCACUCUCAUCACCUAUAAUCUUCAUUUAAUAUUCCUAUUAAUAUGAAUGAACUGAACACAACGUGAGAAGAGCAAUCGUUGAAUUAAUUAAUCUUUGAAUAUUCAUAAGGUCUCUCAGUCUUUUGUCCAAUCGCUGGUGUUUCUGCUGAAUGUGAUGUGAAACUGAUGUCAGCACUGUGGAGAUUCAGGGUUCAGUUCUUCUCCAUCCGCUCCUGGUUCUGUGGAUUUAGGAGUCAGCUUUAUCGGUUUACUCCUGUUAGUUUGCUUUUGUAUUUUUCUAAAUCUCUAUUUUGUGUGUGAACCGUCGAAAUGGGAUUUUAAUACAGUGAAAAUAUGACUAUUUUAAAACUUGUGGAGGUUUUUUUUUACUGAAUUGCAUUUUUUUAUCCACUUUGUUCAACAUGUCCAGGUUUGUUUAGAUUUAAAGAAUGGUUGUUUUAUAGAGGAUCUGCUUAUUAAUUAUAUUAUAAUUAAUUAAAUAGCUAUGUUACUGUAUUUACCACUUUUUUAUUCAAUGUUUGUAAUGUUCUAAGAAGUUUCACAUGAGAGAUGUAACUUUUAAAAUGGUUUUAUUCAGCUGUAAAGUAAAUUAUUAACCUUCCUGUGAAGUUAAUUGGUUUUUUUAAUUCCCCAGUGAUGUUGUUAUAAGGAUGAUUUAAUGUUCUGAACACUCAUUCACACACACACACACUCAUACACUACGGCCAAUUUAUUUGAUCAGUUCCCCUAUAGCGCAUGUGUUUGGACUGUGGGGGAAACCCACACCAACACGGGGAGAACAUGCAAACUCCACACAGAAACAUAUCCACAAUAAAGGGUUUUUAAAACAUAA